ACAAUCAAUUCACGCAGCUGAAACUCAAACCUCUUCCACGGGCAAAAAUCCACCGGAAAGGACGACGGAAACGGCGGCAGAGCAGUGAAAAUUUUGUAGUUUCCAUUAUUUCAGGAUUGAAUUCUCAAAUUGAUGAUGAAGCUUUAGCUUUAGCUGCGCAUUUUAGUGUAAUAACUCUAUCCAUAUCUGGAUAUCACAUAAACCCCUAGCUUAAACCCCAGUUACCCACGUCCCCAUUUCAAUUUUCACCUUAUCUUCCCAAUUGCAACUCAAGUUCUUCGAGUAUGGAUGUUGCAACCCGUUACAGACCCAACGAACUUCUAUCUCCCGCCACUCCGUUCCUCCAACAAUCUCAAAAUGUGAUUCUUUUCACUCUUCCGGCCAAGCGGCGAGCUAAAUACUCCCGUCAGAGGGCAAAAUUUCGAGUUCGAGGAUCCGCCGAUGGUAAUGCAGCUGAUCAGUCUCCUUGGGAAAGUUUCAGUAGGUCAGUUCGUCGUGGGUCCGAGAGAUUCUGGUUGAAUUUUGGCAAGUCUAUUAGAAAGGAAACUGGGUUUGAUUUGAAAAAUACUGAUGGGAGGUUGGUUGAGUUUUUUGCGGGGGCGAAUGAACGGUUAGAGAAUAUGGGAACUGAGCUGCAGAGGUUGAAGAAUGAAACUUUUCCGGAAUUUAUAAACUGGAAUCGUUGGGAUCGCUGGAAGGCCUUCAAGAACUGGGAGCCAAAACGAGUGGGUGCUCUGUUUCUCUAUGCUCUUGUGAUGAUUGUUUCUUGUCAAAGAAUUUAUAUGGCAGUUCGAGCGCCAUUCGUAAAUCGCGAAAGACUAAAGCUAACAGAGGCUUAUAUGGAGGCAUUGAUUCCUGAGCCGUCUCCUAAUAAUAUUAGAAAGUUUAAGAAAGGGUUAUGGAGGAAAACAACGCCUAAAGGUCUGAAAAUAAAGAAAUUUAUUGAAGGUACUGACGGAACCCUUGUUAAAGAUUCUUCUUAUGUUGGAGAAGAUGCAUGGGAUGAUGAUUCAGAGCUUCUGCAAGAUAAUGUUAAAAAGAUUAUUGACGGCGAUGAAAAAGUUAAGGGUGAUGAAAAGGAGAAGAUAAAGGCACAAUUGGGGAUAUCAGGACAAAAGGACUCUGGAACUUGGCGUGAAAGGCUACAAGCAUGGAGGGAGAUCCUUAGGAAAGAGAAAUUAACUGAAGAUAUAGAUUCUCUGCGUGCUAAAUAUGUUGUUGAAUUCGACAUGAAAGAGGUUGAAAAGAGUCUUCGUAAGGACGUGGUAGAAAAAAAAACAGAUACUCAAGGAACAAGGGGACUUUGGGUAUCUAAGAGAUGGUGGUAUUAUCGACCUAAACUUCCUUACACAUACUUUCUUGACAAACUUGAUUCCUCUGAGGUUGCUGCCGUUGUCUUCACUGAGGACUUGAAAAGAUUGUAUGUAACAAUGAAAGAAGGUUUUCCAUUAGAAUAUACUGUUGAUAUUCCCCUUGAUCCUCACUUGUUUGAGGCUAUCACCAGUUCUGGAGUUGAAGUUGAUCUUCUUGAGAAGCGCCAAAUCCAUUAUUUUCUCAAAGUUCUGAUUGCAUUGCUGCCUGGAAUAUUGAUCCUUUGGUUCAUCAGAGAGUCUGUUAUGCUUCUAAGUAUUACUACUAAGCGGCUUCUUUAUAAAAAGUACCAACAACUUUUUGACAUGGAAAAUACAGAAAACUUUAUCCUGCCAGUCGGGAAUGUUGGUGAAACAACAUCAAUGCACAAGGAUGUAGUUUUGGGUGGUGAUGCUUGGGGUCUUCUUGAUGAAUUGAUGAUUUAUAUGCGGAAUCCUAUGCAGUACUAUGAUAAAAGGGUGCCAUUUGUGCGGGGUGUUCUUCUUUCUGGACCUCCAGGUACUGGGAAAACACUUUUCGCGAGGACACUGUCCAAGGAAAGUGGAUUGCCCUUUGUGUUUGCAUCAGGGGCAGAGUUUACAGAUAGUGAAAAAAGUGGGGCAGCAAUGAUCAAUCAGAUGUUUUCUACUGCAAGAAGAAAUGCUCCAUCAUUUGUUUUUGUUGAUGAAAUUGAUGCCAUUGCUGGAAGGCAUGCGAGAAAUGAUCCAAGAAGAAGGGCAACUUUUGAUGCUUUGAUUUCCCAACUUGACGGCGAGAAGGAAACCACUGGUAUUGACCGGUUCUCACUUAGACAAGCUGUGAUAUUCAUCUGUGCAACCAAUAGGCCUGAUGAGUUAGACAUAGAAUUUGUUCGUCCUGGACGCAUUGAUCGUCGCUUGUACAUAGGAUUGCCAGAUACAAAACAGAGAGUGCAAAUAUUUGGUGUGCACAGUGCAGGAAAGCAACUUGCAGAGGACGUUGAUUUUGGGAAGCUUGUCUUCCGCACAGUUGGUUUUUCUGGAGCAGAUAUACGGAAUCUUGUCAAUGAGGCGGCGAUAAUGUCGGUGAGGAAGGGACAUUCUAGGAUCAACCAACAAGACAUUGUUGAUGUUUUAGACAAACAACUGCUUGAGGGUAUGGGUGUACUUCUCACCGAAGAAGAGCAACAGAAAUGUGAAGAAAGAGUGUCCUUAGAAAAAAGGAGACUGCUGGCUGUACAUGAAGCUGGUCAUAUAUUGUUAGCACACUUGUUUCCUCGUUUUGAUUGGCAUGCCUUUUCUCAGCUUCUACCAGGGGGCAAGGAAACGGCAAUUUCUGUUUUCUUCCCUCGAGAAGAUAUGGUUGAUCAAGGUUACAUCACCUUUGGUUACAUGAAAAUGCAAAUGGUAGUUGCUCAUGGAGGACGCUGUGCUGAACGUCUUAUAUUUGGUAACGACAUAACUGAUGGAGGAAAGGAUGACCUAGAAAAGAUAACAAAGAUUGCUAGGGAGAUGGUAAUUAGUCCUCAGAAUUCAAGACUUGGGCUUGCUGCUUUAACCAAGAGGAUCGGGAUGCCGGAUCAGACAGAUAAUCCAGAUGGCGAAUUGAUUAGAUAUAGGUGGGAUGAUCCUCGAGUGAUUCCGGCCAACAUGACACUUGAAUUGUCUGAGUUAUUUUCACGGGAGUUGACAAGGUAUAUUGAAGAGACGGAAGAAUUGGCGAUGAACGGUUUGAGGGAAAACAGGCACAUACUGGAUAUGAUUGCUGAGGAACUACUGUUUAAGACUAGAAUAACUGGGUUGGAAGUUAUAGAGAAAAUGAAGGACCUGUCGCCAUCCAUGUUCGAGGACUUCGUCAAGCCAUUUCAGAUAGACUUGGAUGUGGAGGGAGCACUGCCACAUAAGGAUAAACUGCGAUUCCAACCUCUAGACAUCUACCCCGCGCCGCUGCACAGAUGUUAAAGGGGCUGUUUCUGUUCUUGGUGUUGCUUUGUUUGAUGUUGGUGGAUGCAGUCAAGAGCCAGCAAAGGAGGAGCUAAGCACAGAGGCCCUUGCUUUAUGCAUAAUUGAACACCUCAAGUGAUUGUAUGGUGCAUCGGUCUCGGCCUCGACAUCGACAGGCCUCAACCUUGACAUAAUAAGAGAGUCAAAUGUCAGUCUUCUUGAGGAUUUUGGGCUGAAGCAUCAAGAGUUUAGCUAUGUGUUUGUACACCUUUGUAUUGUAUUCUUUCUUUAUUUAGCAAUUCUAAUUAUAAGUAAGAUGACUGCCAUUAGAGCAAUCAACAUGUUUCAGGAAGAACAAUCUCUGCCAUCUUCAUUGUUGGCCCUCAUUGGGGCAUAGCUUAAUGCUAUCGAUAGAUGUAAAAGGUUUUGUAUC